UCUGACACUGAGAUUAGGAACAGUUGCUCAUUGAACGCACACAGAGAAUGUCGACGGCAACGGUGAUUCUGAUCUCAGUUUGGGCUUGCUUGGUGCUGACAUACGCCCAGGACGCAUCCAUUGAGCUGGCACUGCAGCGUGGCGCCAUAGCCGAGCAGACAGUGCGUGAAGCCAUCGAGCAAAAGCUGCCGCCCACUGUGGAGGCCAAACAGGAUGGCGCCUACAUCUUGGACACCAUUAAGGUGGGCCUGAAAAGCUGCGAAACCCAGCUAAGAAGCAACAAGCUGGUCGCCGAGUACAACAACUGCGUGGGCACACUUCAGGGCCUGGCCAUGGCCUCUGUCGGCGAGCUGGCCGGCCAGCACUGGGCCAAGUCGGGUGCAUCACGUCCCACGCUGUUCUGGUGAGAGUGUGCCUCAUGCCACAUGCCACAUGCCACAUUAUCUUUAAGUAAUUGAAAUUUAGAGCCAGCUGUCACAAAUAAAUGCUCAAUCCAGAUGUGUGGCCAGAAUGCAGCCGUCU